AAAAUUGUUCAACUGAGGAUGAAAUUAAGGUAAUGAUAAAGAUGUAACAUAUGGUAUAAAUUUCCUAUGUACAUGCCAUAAGGAAGCAUUUACAAUUCCUGGGUGUUAACCUGUCAUCGACGGAUCCCCGAUUGGGCAUUGAAAACCAGGACCCGCAGAUCCAGGGUCCGUAACUAUAAGCCAUCGCCACCAAUAACUAAAUAGAUGGAUCUUCAUCAAUGGAGAUGGCUUUUUGGUGAACAUAACCUGGCUCCAGUUUGGAAAGAUUUUAUCAUGGGUGUUGACAUACAAACCUACAGAGCUCGAAUAGGAACGAACAAGUUUGCAUUCGGCUCUGAUGUUGUAACUUUAAGCAUAUCAGUCAACUUUAGCAUUUUCUUGAAAAUUACAACGGUUUCUCUCUUCUUGGUUGUUAUGUGCCUGAUGCUGUGGUCAAGCGCCUUCGAGUUCAGUCUUAUAGAUGCCGUUGAUGUAUCUAACGAGACGAAGGCAGAACAGAAUUUGCAGUUGCAAUUGCCAAGUAUAGAUGCAGUCCGAUGUAUACCUCCCAUUUUGGGUCCUUUGUGGAACUGUUUGGUAUUAAAACAGAGAGUUGCAGGGUUAACGGGAGCAGUUCUAUUUAUCGGUUUUCUCUUACUCAAAGCGGGAAUAGAACCAAACCCAGGACCUAUACCAGAAUUCCCUAUGGUGGUCGGACUUACAGACAAGCUUAAACUGACAGUAAAGUGUGGCAAAUUGCAUGAAGUUCAGAACGCGUGCUUGUUGGUGGGUGAUGCAUUUCAAACGCACAAUCAAGAGGUUUUAAGAGCCCAUUUUCCGGUUUGGGAUGAGUAUAAACCAUAUUCGGCCACAAAGGUCAAAACAUUUGGAAAUGAUUUGAAGAAUGCCGUUGCUAAAGGUCUCACGCAGUGCGAAGAAAGCCCUUGUUCCAUAGCAGCAUUUUCACCUAUCGUAGCAGGUAAAAGUUGUCAACAAUUGUCAGAAGUUUAUAUUGGAUUUGGAAUCCUUGAAUUUCUCAAAGAGACGAAAGGUACAUUACAAGAGAUUCAAAUUGUCGGCGAGGAUGAGAAAAUUUUAUUUGAUAUACACCAUUGUUUGUCAUACAUGGUGCAAUCAAAUACACAGCCUCCUUGGUUUGACAUCUCCAUUUUCAUGACAACGGAUGUAGAUGCCAACGUUAAAUUGACUGGGAGAGCAAAGCACAGUUCCUUCAGUGCAGCGGUUCAAGCAACUUUCGAGAUGCUCAGUCUGACUGAAAGACUUCGUAAGAAAAUAACGCUGAACGAAGCACUGGCUGUAGACAUUUCAAGUCCGGAUUCUGAUAGGGGACCAUCAGACAUGCCGUGGACACUUCUCCACGAACUUCUUCACGGCAAUUGGGAAGGCAGAGAUAACGUACCUGACACACAGCAGGACGAUAUUGGUGAUUGGCUUGAAGAGAAUGCUGACUCACAAGCGGUAACUGAAAUGUGUGCCAUGGACAUUUUUAUGGCCACAUUUCAUUCAUGCGAUGGACUUUUGAAACAAGCGCUUUUUAAGAAGAUGUAUCUGUGUAAAAUUGCCAUGCCUUUUUUGUACCAUUCAAUUAAAACAAAUGCGCUUCAAAUUUCCUUAUGGCCUUUACAACAGUUUCCGAUUUCAAAUGAUAAUAAUUUAGAGCAUUGCGCUUUAACCAUGGAAACCAAAUUGAUAACAUUUGUUCGCCUUGGCAGGCCUCAAUUUUCGAAAUCAAUGUUACUUAAUCGCUUUAUCCAAAAUAGGAAUGACGCAUUCUCAAUCUUUUUCAACAGGGAAUGCAAGUCAGGCCUGUUAAGUCGCGUUCUUUUUAAAAGAGUCGUCGAGAUAUUUUGGGACUCACCCGCAAGUAAAAACAAACCGAUAAGAACAUAUAUGAAUUUCAGAGGCGACUUUGCUGAGGAAUUCGAACCCAAAACCACUAUUUGGAAUUGUUUAAUUCAAACAACAGACAUGUUUGUUGUUAUAAUUGACCUAAAUGAAAUGGUGAGCAAUUUUGAGAAUUAUAGCAAACUGCUCAUUGAAAUACCGAAAUGCAUGAUAUUGUUCUCUGAGCACACUGAAGUCGAAAGAGAAACUAAAAAAGAUAUCCAAGACAAAAUGAAAAAGCUAUGUUAUAAUCACAAAGAAAAAUUUAAAGUAAUUUCCACGCAUGAAAACGAAACAGAAAAGGAAACUGAAAAACUAUUGAAAAACAUCCGCAGUAACAUAGACAAACAUUUCGAAAUAUAUCAGGCUGUGCUUCCGUUAGAAGUAAGAAUCAACACUUUUAACGAAAACAAUGGUCAAAUUUUGGAGGAGGAAGAAAACGAAGACUUAAUUUUUGGAAAAAAAUUAGCAAAAUGGCUGAUGUCUGAGAUGGCUACUGAAGUAAGUAUGCAAAAGCAUGAACAAACAGAUGAUGAAAACAGUUUUCAAAACUGCAUUAGUAUUUUAACACCAUUGUCUUAUUUUCAUUCUCCAAAAUUGAUGGAAAAAUUGAGACAAAAGAACAGGGCAGAAGAUCGACAUGAAACAGAAAAGUAUAACGACGCAAUUUAUAACACACGGAAAGAAAACCUUUCAAAUAUUUCAAACACAGUCCGACUUUUGGCAAAAUAUCUGGUGAAUACAAGACAACUAAACAUUAGGCAAAAGUACUUCAUUGGGUGGCUUAGACUUUUUAUGGAACAAGAAUUAUCUAUUUUUUUAUGCAAAAUGGCAAAGAUAAAAAACAAGAUAUUAGACUUAAUUGCUGAAAACAAGACAAGGCACGGAUCGGAUACGGACAAUGAAAACCAGCGAUUAAACUUAGAUAACAUUAUACAGCUUUCAUCUCUAACAGUUGAGCAUCUUUUUCGCGAAAUCAGUCACGUUUAUGAUUCUAUCAUUGAAUUAGAUGAGGACCCUAGGAAAUAUUGUUUACCAAGUGUAAAUGACUGUGUGGAAACAUUUUCUUAUUUUAUCAUAGAAAACGAGACAGUUGAACUGAUGACGGAGUCUUUUUUCAUGCCUCGAAAAUGGUUGCAAUACAUUUUCAGAUCAGUAGACAAAAGGCUGCGUGUGCAUAACAUCAAAACUAUUUCCGUCUUAGGGCUACAAAGCUCUGGUAAGUCUACUGUUUUAAAUACAAUGUUUGGCGUGCAGUUUGCUGUUAGAUCAGGUCACUGCACUACAGGAAUUCAAGCAAAGUUGCUUCCUGUGAGGCAACGCAACAUAGAAAAUCAUGCGUCAGAUUACGUUAUGAUUUUAAACACAGAAGGUCUUAGAUCAACGUUUUCGUCCAAUGUCUGGAGGCCUCAAUACUUUGAUAAUGAACUUGCUACAUUUGUUAUUGGGUUAGGAAACCUGUCGUUAUUAAACAUUAUGGGUGAAAAAAUAGCAGAUAUGAAAGACAUCAUGCAAGUUGUUAUGAACGCUCUUCUCAAAAUAAAAUCAUCACAAAGUCGCAUCGCUCUAGGCCAUAAAUGUUUCUUUAUUCAUCAUAACGUUACAGUCCGUUUUACUGAUGUUUACAUGAAAGAAUUGUACAGGGAUUUCGACUCAACAUUAGAUGAAGUGGCUCGAGAGGCUGCCGCAUCUGAAGGGAUUCCAGAUAUUUAUAACGCUAAAGAUGUACUUAUGUUUGACGCAGAAAAAGAUAUACACCCUGUCCAUUAUCUUUGGCAAUGUGAUAAUUCUUUGAUGAGAAUUAGUCCUGAUUACAGUAAGCGAAUGAUGGAAAUAAAAAUUAAAGCGAUGAAAUUAUUACCAAAUUAUGGCUUUAAAUCCUUGUCAGAGUUAAAUCAGCUUGCGUCCGAUCUUUGGGAUGGUAUAAAUUCUGAAAGAUACAUAUUCACCUUUCGAAGUAGCUUAGCAAUGAAAGCUUUUUUUAGGGCUGAAGACUAUUUUAAACUAUUAGUCAGGAACAUUGGGUUUCAGGCGAGAGACGAAAAAGUUUAUCAAUGUUUCAAAUAUAUGUCUGACUGUCAAAAUGAAGAAGAACUUAAAACAACAACAAACGAAGUAGCUUCUUCGAUGAACGCUUUCAUCUCGGAAAAAAGAGAUGGAAUAAAAAAGGAAUUCGAGGGGUUUUUAGAAAAAGAACGGCAUAUGGACAAUGUAUAUAGCUGGAGUUCAUUUUAUUCACCAAGAUUCGAAAACGAGCUAAAGGAACUGAAAAGACGGAUAGAAAAUGAAACAAAUCAGUAUUUUGAUGAACAGUUGGUGAAAAUGAGAACAUUUGCAGUAAGUUCAUCUAGCAGAAAUAAAUUACGGAAAAAAUCUGCUGAAAUAUUUUCAUCAUCAAAAAGUACUAGCGAAAAAAAGGCUGAAUUUGAUAAAAUAUGGAAAGAUUUCGAGGAUAAUAUUAAAAAACAGACUCUUUCAAUCGAAGAUGACAGUUUAUACAACUAUUUUGUUCAACAGUAUGAACAGACGUUUUCGAAAUAUCAAUCCGCUUACACUGAUACUCACAUGCAACGGAUAAAAAGGGACUAUGGAGACGAAAGCUAUUAUAAACGUCUGUGUGGUAGAAAUGGUAUAACUAAAGCCGAUUUUAACCUGUCAGUGAGGAGCCAUUACACUCAGUUCCGUUGGAAUAAAGAUUUUCUUCAUGACAUAGUUCAUCCGGGGCUGAACAAGUUUGUCUGGGAAAUUGAAGGCCUGAUUUCUAGUUACAAUAAUAAAGAACGGCUACUUUUAUCAAACGAUGUUGUUGACUUUUCCGGAGACUUUGAAAAGUGUCAGGUCAAAUUUGUAGAAGACUUAAAAAAGAUGGGAAUACAUGCAAAAACAAGUUUUUCACAAAAACUAUUCGCGGAUGGGUUUAAUUUUGCUUCUAAGGAGUUUACACAGCAUAAUAUUCAGUACGAUUUAAAUAAAGGUGUAACAUACCAACUUAAGAAAUGUGAACGAGAAAUGUAUGCAAUAUUUGAAGAAUAACUUCGGGAUAGAUCUGUUGAAUGCGCAGCGUGCGUUUUAUUUGUUCUUGAACUCGAAAUUGUCUUAAAGAAGUUAUAGAAUCAAAAUUACCAACGUCGUUAUAUACCAGGGAUCCGAAACAAUUUGCAUUUGAAUGGUUUAAGCGUGAACCUUCAGGUAAAUUUGACGAAACACUACAAAACGUACUGCAAUAUAAUAUAAUAGAUAAUGAACAAGAUAAUAAAAACGCACUUAAACAAUGCAAAAAAAAAAACAAUAAAAGCAAAAGAAAGAACUAAUGACUGAUGAAUGGUUAGAACAUUUUGAAAAUGAAAUCAAACAUAUUGCAAUUGAUACUAAAAACUUCUCCGAAUUUCUUAAUAAAUACACAUUGAAGAACGUAGUCCAUUUUACCACAGAAGUCUUGGAUGAAAAACAUUUCGCAACAAUGUUAAACUUUUUGAAUGGCGAACUUCGAAGGAAUGUUAAAAGAGCAGUUUUCACUGAAUCUAAUGACUUCCGUAACAUGUUCGAUGACAUUUGUGGUUGUCCUGAAUUGUGCCCGUUUUGCCGCGAACCAUGCAUUAAAAGCAAGGACCUUGCACCUUUAUCAAAACACGAGUGUCUGCAACACAAGCCUCGAAGUUUUAAAGGCAUUCGUGACAAAUUCAACUCAAAUUGUUUUGAUGUUUGUAAUUACGAAGUAUGUUCAAGAACAAGUACGUAGUUCCGAUAUUAAUGGGGCCUGUGUCUGCACAAAAAGUAACUUACCAGAUUUCCUUGCGAUUGUGUUUUCAUAUAUAGGAGUUCAAUCUGGCGAGUUUCAUUUUUACAAGAAAUACUCUUCAAACUAUGGGACAUAAAGCCUUCUAACAAUACUGAAGAGUGCUCAACUAACUCGUAGGCAAAUGUUAAGCAAUUCCAAAGCGAUGGAAGAAAAUAUCAAAGGAAAAAGCAUUUGAAAGUUUAAAUGAACUUUUCACAUAAGUCUUGACGCGAUCCGACAACUUUCUUUCUACAUGCAUAGUCCAGUGAUGUAAGAAAGGAAGAUAUAUAUGCUGAGCAAAUAAUCAGAUGAAAUGAAUAUAGUAUACGGAACUAUAUUAAGUAUCAUACAAUAUACAAGAACACUGGUAAUUACGGUGAAUAGUUUAGUUACAAAGUGGGGCUUACGUUAAUAGAUAAAGGUAGUCGUGUUUUGUUACGUGAUGUGUGACCUUUUGAAGUAUUGUAUUGUAAAAAAACUAAACAAGGCAACAGUGUAUUUUUCUUAUUCAUUUUAAAUCAAUAUGCGCACUAAUAUCAAAACAGAAUAAUCCAAUUUAUAUUCAACCGAAAGAGAGACCGUGUAAUUUUGUAACAUGCACAGUUAGCGUUUUAAAUAAUCGCUUUUCACUGCAAAGUUGACCUAUUUUAAUUUAUUGAAAGCGCAUGUUAUGACAUGACUAUAUUUGUAUGAAUAUGUCCAUAUAUUGUUGCAAACUUUGCUUGAAAUGUAGACGACUUCCACUAUAAUUAUAGAUUCUGUCUAUGUAUUAUGUAAAACCUGUUACACUGAAGCACUUCGGCUGCCGAGCAGCAUUGAACAAUAAUCCAGGUCAUGAACUCGAAUUUUAUGGUUAGUUAUCUAUUUACCACCGUAACCUAUUUUGUUGUCCUUUAA